AUGGGCGGAGAAGAAAGCCCCAGAGGGUUCAAGAGAAGCCGCAAUGGACAGAUUCGGGAGCAGGUGGACAGUGAAAUGGCGGAUAUUGCACGGGCGUAUGCCAGGGAUGCUGAACCCGCGCGCAUAGGUGGUUCGGAUGAUGUCGUGUUGCGGACAGAGGAGGUCAUGUCUCUCCUGGAGAAUGCAAACGCUGAACAAAACUCCCGCGCGCGAGGUGCGGCCAUUGCCUUGGCAGCCUCGCAGGUCGCAACCCUUUGGGCGGCACAGGCGAGCACGAAGACAAAAUCAGGCGAUAUCGGUCCGGCAGCAAGCGAUGGUCUGACCCAGGCAAACUAUAUCGCAUCGCUACUGCUUCAACUCCACAGCCCGCACGUGAGCAGAUCUGGCGCCAUUGCGGCAGGAUCGCGCGCUCUGAUCAACACUUCACAUGCUGGAUCUCAAGCACCAACGAUUCCGAGCGCGCUUCUCGACUGGCUCAACACGUACCACAAACCUCUGGGAGACGACUUCGACGAGAUUCACAUGCACAGCCCCUCUCCGUCCGCGCAUGAGAGCUUCUGGGACCUCGUUGGCGGUGAAUUAUUACGAGGACAGUUCCUCCGUGUCACCAGAUUGCUGAAGGAUGCCGGUUUCGACUACGCAAUCACCGCUCUGGACGAUGGCAGCCAAAGGCCAGGCUACGAGGGCAAACAACUUGAGAACGUGGAGGAAGUUGUGGCGAGAUUCGUGGAAGUGCUCGAGACCUCACCCGCUGUGAUAUACAAUGAUUGGGAUGUCAAAGGCGCCGAGUGGACCGUCUUCCGACAGAGAGUGCAACAUGCGAGAAAAGACCUCGGACUCUUUGCCAAAGGAAGCGAUGCGGAGGAUGACGACGACCCCUUGGCCCAGUCGCAACCCAACAUCUUUGCUCAGUCGACAGAUGGACCUUCCUUUGGCAACAUGGCGGCCGCCAGCCUGCGCGCUCGCAGCAGGGUGCCUUGGAGCAUCUUCGAGAAUCUGAAAAUCCUCUACGGCGUUCUCACAGGUGGUGACGAAAUCGUGGACUACGCUCAAGACUGGUUGGAGUCCAGUAUCUUUUUGACCGUCUGGUGGAACGGUGAAGACGGACUUCCUCCGAACGUCAGUCUGGCCGACCACAACAGCUUACGCAAGAGUCACGGACCGGCAGGCGCAGGCACGAGAGAAGUCGAUGUUUCGCCCCUCACAGCAUACAGAAGGCGGUUAGGCGACAUGCUCAGGAGCGUGACCGAUCAGAUCGAGGAAGCAAAUUUCAAGCCCGACACCCUUGAUCCCGUCCAAGUCGGCCUGGUAUGCGUCAUGGAGGGUACGAGUGAGGCAGCCGUUGAGCUGCUGCGGACAUUCGAUCAGACCAUCACUGCUAGCAUUGUCGAGAUUGGAGCGCUCGGAGGCUGGCUGCAGCUAACGCAGCCCAGCGGCCGGGGGCUGUUGCAGCAUGGUUUCUCGGCAGAAGACCUGAUGGUGCUCAGUCAUGGACCUGGACAACAGCAUCCAUCGUCUCCGGAAUCUGUGGACAGGGAUGAAGUGCUUACCACUUAUGCGGAUGCCCUUGCAGCUCGCGAUGUCUUUGAAAGUUCCGACGGAAAGGUUGUGAGAGAGGGCUGGGAGCUCGCGGUGUCUGUACUUGGACGCCUCGGAGACAUACAGGCUUCACAAGACAGGAUAGCCACUGUCCUUGCUGGGAUCCAUUUCGAUGACGGAGCACGGGUGGACAAGGUUCUGCAGCUUUGUGCGAACAUGGGCUUUGAGCGUCAUGCGAGAGAUAUCGCGGAGCGGUAUGCGGACGAUCUUGCCGAGGACCAGGCCAACCCCUCGUAUGGAUCCGCACUGAUGUACUACGCGCGCGCCCACGCCACCGAGAAACUCACGUCUACCAUAUCCCUCCUGAUCUCGCUAUGCCUGCUGCAAACCGCCGCAGUGCCCGCAACUCACGACUCCGACGAAAUGCUCACGUCUCUCCUGAGCGGACACCGCGCGGCGCUUAUCCACCUCGCCGGCCUCGACCUCGAAGCUGCCACCCUACUCAGCCGCCAAAUCAGCGGCUACGCGACCGUACGAAAGUUCUACGAUCUCCGCGAUGAUGCCUCCGGUGCGCUGAAGUCGCUGGAACGCCGACGGCAAGCAGCAACAGCGCUCAUCGCCAUCAUCGACAGCGCGAGCGACUGCAUCCGCGGAGGACUGUUCGAUCCCGAAGUUCAGACCGUCGUUCCCAUCGACGGCCUGCUUUCGCUUCUAGGCGAGGCAUUGCCCCUCCUGAACCAGGAGAAGCGAAUCUUCACCAAAGAUCAGAUCUUCACGCUGCUGCGAGUCGUUGAAGACUUUGAGACCGUGUCGGCGCGCAUACGUGACGGCGCGGUGGAUCUUUUGCAGGCUUCCAUGAAUGCUUAUCGCGGCGUUCUGCCUUCGUCUCACACGACUAGGAGCGGGGCUAGUUACGUGUCUGGUUCGGAUUUGACGGGCAGUAGCAGUUGGGACAUGGUGCUGUCGACGCAGAACUUGCUGCAGAGUCAAGAGAGUGAGCUUGUGAGGGGCUGGGACUGGAGGAAGGGGUUGGAUGCGGUUGUUGGGGCGAGAAUUGAAGCCAAGGAGGUGAUUGGGUUGUUGCGGGUUGCGUUGGCAAAGGAAGUUGCAAAGGGCUGGGGAGGCGCAUUCGUGGGGUGGUGA